GUACCGGUCGCUCUUCCCUCCUCGCUCGUCUCUCCGUCCCGCCCUCUCUUUUGUCCGCUUAGAUCUCUAUUCUUCUUUGCAAAUCCCUGGGGAAGUUGUAUAACAUUCCAGUCUCUCAAAAUCCUCGACGAACAACGGCUUCUCGGCCGUAGUUGCGCCUACAAAUCGCGCUUUUAAGUUCAUUCUGCAGACCAAGCUUCGCAGGUAAGUCCAUGGAGAAGGAGCAGGGUUUCUUCUCGGCUCUGAAGGAGGAAGUGGUACGGGGGUUGUCUCCUGCACGGUUGCGGGAGAGAAGCUCGGUGAGGGGCCAGUCACCGGUGGCGGAGGCCGCAGCGAUACUCCUGCCGCGGCGGAGGAAGGCUCAUGGUCGCCACUCGUCGCUGACGCUGGCCCCGGACGCUGCCGUGCUGGUUGCGAGGUCCGUGAGCUUUCGGGAGACCCUUGCCCCCCUCAUGGAGGGCCCCGACGAUGGAGGCGACGGAGACGUCGGUGGCGGCCAGAGGAAGGAAGGGUGGGGCCGCUGGGUGCGGGACCAGCUGUCACGGGCCCCCUCCGUCACGUAUUUGCCUUCCGCCGCCGCUAGCGCGUCCACCUCGUUCCGCCGCUCCGACCUCCGCCUCCUUCUCGGAGUCAUGGGUGCGCCGCUCGCCCCCGUUCAUGUCAACUCUGCCGACCUUCUGCCUCACCUCACCAUCAAGGAUGCUCCCAUUGAAGUCUCGUCGGCUCAGUACAUACUGCAGCAGUACACGGCGGCCUCGGGGGGUCUGAAGCUCCAGAGAUCCAUCCACAACGCCUACGCCAUGGGGAAGUUGAGAAUGGCAGCGUCCGAGUUCGAGACAGCGACUAAAAUCGUGAAGAACCGUGGCAGCUCAUCGCACUCCCCCGAGUCUGGUGGCUUCGUCCUCUGGCAGAUGGCCCCAGGAAUGUGGUACGUGGAGCUCGCCGUCGGCGGCAGCAAGGUCCACGCCGGCUCCAAUGGCAAGGUCGUAUGGCGUCACACCCCCUGGCUCGGCGCCCAUGCCGCCAAAGGCCCCGUUCGGCCCCUCCGCCGUGCCCUCCAGGGUCUUGAUCCAUUGACCACAGCAAGCAUGUUUGCCAAUGCACGUUGUAUUGGGGAAAAGAAAGUCAAUGGGGAGGAUUGCUUCAUUCUCAAGCUCUGUGCCGACCCACAGACGCUGAAAGCUCGGAGUGAAGGUCCUGCAGAGAUCAUUCGGCACGUCUUGUUCGGCUGCUUCAGUCAGCGGACCGGGCUUCUCGUCCACAUGGAAGAUUCACACUUGACUAGAAUCCAAGCCAAUGCCGGAGGUGAUGCAGUGUACUGGGAGACCACCAUUAACUCCUUCCUCAGCGACUACCGCCCCGUUGAAGGUAUAAUGGUUGCCCAUUCGGGUCGUUCCGAUGUCACUCUCUUCAGGUUCGAUGAGACGGCAAUGAGCCAUACUAAAACUAGGAUGGAGGAGGAGUGGAAGAUCGAGGAAGUGGUCUUUAAUGUCCCCGGCCUCUCCAUGGACUGCUUCAUUCCUCCUGCUGACAUAAGCUGCGGUUCAGUCAGUGAAACUUGUGAGCUUCCUCGUGGGGAUAGAGGGAAGACCGGUAUUGCACACCAGAGAAAGGUUGCAGCUGUUGGGAAGCCACAAGAUGCGAGUGAUAAGAUCAUUUGGAGGGUCAAAGUUUAGUAGUGUUAGGGCCAUGAACAAGGCGCUGAUGCUAUUGUUCAUAUCACCACAUUUUCUUGCGCUUACAACAAAGUAUAAGUUAUUUGA